AUGUGCCAUCCUGACAAGCCUUUUACUUCUGAUAAGCUCCAAUGUGUGUUUAAUGAAUACAAAGCCGCGGUCUGGGUGCCGCCUCGGCCGCGGCCGCUCUCCCGCGCUCCUUUGCCAGAAGCUGGCGGAGAGAAUUUACAUUUAAAGAUUAGCAGAGUGAGAAAGAGAAAUCUGCCUUUUGUUGUGUGGGGUGAGGAGGAGGCAUACCCUGGCCUUGACGCUAUCUCCCAUCACCUCUGCUACCCAGACAGGACUCACCGAGAUCGUACUGAGAAGCACUCCACAAUGCCAGACUCACCUGUGGAUGUGAAGACACAAUCUAGGCUGACUCCUCCAACGAUGCCACCUCCCCCAACUACUCAAGGAGCUCCAAGAACCAGUUCAUUUACACCGACAACAUUAACUAAUGGCACGAGCCAUUCUCCUACAGCCUUGAAUGGCGCCCCCUCACCACCCAAUGGCUUCAGCAAUGGGCCUUCCUCUUCUUCCUCCUCCUCUCUGGCUAAUCAACAGCUGCCCCCAGCCUGUGGCGCCAGGCAACUCAGCAAGCUGAAAAGGUUCCUUACUACCCUGCAGCAGUUUGGCAAUGACAUUUCACCCGAGAUAGGAGAAAGAGUUCGCACCCUCGUUCUGGGACUAGUGAACUCUACUUUGACAAUUGAAGAAUUUCAUUCCAAACUGCAAGAAGCUACUAACUUCCCACUGCGACCUUUUGUCAUCCCAUUUUUGAAGGCCAACUUGCCCCUGCUGCAGCGUGAGCUCCUCCACUGCGCAAGACUGGCCAAACAGAACCCUGCCCAGUACCUCGCCCAGCAUGAACAGCUGCUUCUGGAUGCCAGCACCACCUCACCUGUUGACUCCUCAGAGCUGCUUCUCGAUGUGAACGAAAACGGGAAGAGGCGAACUCCAGACAGAACCAAAGAAAAUGGCUUUGACAGAGAGCCUUUGCACUCAGAACAUCCAAGCAAGCGACCAUGCACUAUUAGCCCAGGCCAGCGGUACAGUCCAAAUAACGGCUUAUCCUACCAGCCCAAUGGCCUGCCUCACCCCACCCCACCUCCACCUCAGCAUUACCGUUUGGAUGAUAUGGCCAUUGCCCACCACUACAGGGACUCCUAUCGACACCCCAGCCACAGGGACCUCAGGGACAGAAACAGACCUAUGGGGUUGCAUGGCACACGUCAAGAAGAAAUGAUUGAUCACAGACUAACAGACAGAGAAUGGGCAGAAGAGUGGAAACAUCUUGACCACCUGUUAAACUGCAUAAUGGACAUGGUAGAAAAAACAAGGCGAUCUCUCACCGUACUAAGGCGGUGUCAAGAAGCAGACCGGGAAGAACUGAAUUACUGGAUCCGGCGAUACAGUGACGCCGAGGACUUAAAAAAAGGUGGCGGCAGUAGCAGCAGUCACUCCAGGCAGCAGAGUCCCGUCAACCCAGACCCAGUUACACUAGACGCGCAUCGGGAAUUCCUUCACAGGCCUGCGUCUGGAUACGUGCCAGAGGAGAUCUGGAAGAAAGCUGAGGAGGCCGUCAACGAGGUGAAGCGCCAGGCGAUGACGGAGCUGCAGAAGGCUGUGUCUGAGGCGGAGCGGAAAGCCCACGACAUGAUCACGACAGAGCGGGCCAAGAUGGAGCGCACGGUCGCCGAGGCCAAGCGUCAGGCAGCAGAGGACGCGCUGGCAGUUAUCAAUCAGCAGGAGGAUUCAAGCGAGAGUUGCUGGAAUUGUGGCCGUAAAGCAAGUGAAACCUGCAGUGGCUGUAACACAGCCCGAUACUGUGGCUCAUUUUGCCAGCACAAAGACUGGGAGAAGCACCAUCACAUCUGUGGACAGACCCUGCAGGCCCAGCAGCAGGGAGACACACCUGCAGUCAGCUCCUCCGUCACGCCCAACAGCGGGGCUGGGAGCCCGAUGGACACACCACCAGCAGCCACUCCGAGGUCAACCACCCCGGGAACCCCUUCCACCAUAGAGACAACCCCUCGCUAGACGUGAACUCAGAACUGUCGGAGGAAAGACAACCAACGCAAAACCAAUUCCUCAUCCUCAGAUGCUCAAAGUUGUUUUUUUGUUUGUUUGUUUAUUAGAUGAAUUAUCCUAUUUCAGUACUUCAGCAAGAGAGAACCUAACUGUAUCUUGAGGUGGUAGUAAAACACAGAGGGCCAGUAACGGGUCGUAAUGACUUAUUGUGGAUAACAAAGAUAUCUUUUCUUUAGAGAACUGAAAAGAGAGCAGAGAAUAUAACAUGAAAUGAUAGAUUUGACCUCCUCCCUGUUAUUUUCAAGUAGCUGGGAUUUUAAACUAGAUGACCUCAUUAACCGAUGCUUUACCAAACAGCAAACCAAGAGAUUGCUAAUUGCUGUUGAAAGCAAAAAUGCUAAUAUUAAAAGUCACAAUGUUCUUUAUAUACAAUAAUGGAAAAAAAAAAAGAGGAAAACCCUCAAGGGCAUGAGCAUUGGAUACAGCGGUAGACAUUUUAACAAGAAGAUGAAUGGCGUCC